AUGCCUCUGUAUAAGUUCCAUGUGAAAUCCGAUCGUACGGAUGCGAAACAGGAAGUUUUUCGUUGGAAUGUAAUCCGCACUGUAACGUUAGAUGAAAUUCACGCAAAACUGAGAACUAUUUUUCCCAAUGCAGCUGGAAACUUUUUGAUUCAGUGGUUUGAUGGGGACGACUAUUGUUCGGUGAAUGACGCUGAUGAAUUAUUGGACGCGGAAGAGAAUNNGAAUCAAUUAACCGAGUCGAACAGCACAAUACGCCUGCACGUCACUGUAAACCAGGGUGAUGCCAACUGCAUUGUUGACGAGAGUUGUUUGAAACCCAAGAACAAAAGUAAUAAAAAAGAAAAAAAGCAUGUUCGAAUUCGGUUGGAUGAGCCUGAGAUCAUGGAAAAACAGAGAAGCAGUCCAAACGUUCCGCAUAGUUCCACCACUGUGAACAAUACUGCCACUCCCAUCGUUUCCAGUACAAAUAUCAACAAGCCACAGACUAACACAACCCUAUCGGAUCCCGGUAUAAACAAAGCUGCAACCGAUUGUCCAGCAUUGCACAGACUGGGAGAAGUGAAUGCGGUACAGGUUGAAGCUACACGGAGUCAGACACACAAAUUUCGACCCAGUUCUGAAAUGAUUACCAGUCCAGAACCGGGAAAUCGGCCAACUUUAUUGUCCUUAGCGUCACAAAUGGAUGCUCAGCCAAGCUAUGUCGAGCCAAAACUGCAAUUGUUGAGCUCAAUGGGUUAUGUGCACGACGAUGCCGUAUUGAAAGCCGUGUUGCGUGAAUGUUAUGGUGACAUGAAUCUAGUCAUUGACCGGUUAAAACGAAUCACGUGA